AGCCGCUGACAGAAGACUGGAGAACGUUCUGGGGCCCAGGCAGUCCGCGAAUUGUUUGUGACGAGCAGUUGGCUGCCGGCGGUGCCACCCACAGGUGUGGAAGUCGUAGUUGCUUCAGUGACCGGCGUUGUGUGGGGUGUCCAGUCCCGUAUCUCAGUGUAGACACCCAAAAUCUUCGUUAACUAUCAUUUUAAAUAUUUUUCGAGGCCUGGUUGACUGUCGGUGGCAGACUAAUGACGGCUCAGAGAAGAUCGGAGACAGUCGAUCGUUAUAUAUAAUCAAUCCCAGCUGUUGUCGUCUCGCUGUGUACUGACUUCGAUUGACUAGUGUUUGAGACAGAGCACACGGCAACGAGGACCAAGAAGAGGAAAUUAAAGGUCAUCUCGAAAGGAUGCCGACGGUCGGAGUGGCGUUGUUCGGUGUGGGUCGUGCCGGCGGCAUCCACUUUCCCAACCUGGCGUCCAACAACGACGUCAGCAUUCGCUGGUUGGUGGACGUGACGGCGAUGAAGGACAAGGCUCUGAUGCUCUGCACCAAGUACGGCGUGGACACCGCCCGCUUCCUGUCUGUGGAGGACAGCCAGAAGGUGUUCGACGACGAGGAAACGCACGCUGUCAUCAUAGGAACGCCCACCCGUUUUCACGAAGAGCUGAUCAAAAGAGCCGUCAGGGCAGGUAAAGAUGUGUUUUGCGAGAAACCAAUCACCUUCUCCACCGACGCUGUGGUCUCAUGUUAUGCAGAAGCACAAAAGUAUGGAAGGAUUUUGUUUUGCGGUUUUAACAGGAGGUUUGACGCCGACCACAUACGGCUACGUGAGAAGGUCCAGUCAGGACAGCUCGGCAAUCUCCGCUUUGUGCAUUAUAUGGCUCGUGACUGUAAACAGGUUUCUGAUUACAUCAGGACAUCAGGGGGCAUCUUCAUCGACUCUGCCAUUCACAUGCUGGAUUAUGUCCCCUGGUUGGUUGGAGAGAAGCCGUCGUCACUGGUUGUGACAGGAAGCUGCACGUCAUCAGUUGCUGCCGUCUACGAACAGGUUGAUGACGUAGAUUCCACAAUCAUCAACCUACAGUUUCCUAGUGGGUGUUAUGCUGUGUUAGAGAUAACGCGAGAACUUCCGGCGCAUUUCGUGAGCUGUUAUCAUCGUUACGAGGUGGUGGGUACGGAGGAUUGUAUAUUGAUGCACAAAACGAACGACAACACUUUGAUUAGCUUUGCCAUGGAUGGUAGCGACAGGCAGGAGCAGGCCACACCAUCCUACUGGUGCAGCUACAAGAUGGAGAUGGACUGCUUCAUUCGAGUUGUGCAAGGACUAGAAGAAUGUCCUUUGACCCCUGAAAGCGUUAUUCAGGCGCACGCUCUGGCGGAACUGUGUCGUACAUCACUCAAGGAGCAACGCUUUGUCAGCGCUGAAGACAUGGGAUAAACUUGCCCCACAUUAGCUUCCUGAAUACACUUGGG